UGUCACGGUAACCGUAAACUACCGGAGCGCGCACGGUUUGCAGUAGCCUGUAGAAGUAGACACGAGAGAGAAAGAUGUCGGACGUCGGCUCGGAUGACUUUGAUGAUGAGCGCAGUAAAGUCGUGGGAUAUGAAGGAGACAGAAAUGAAGCGGGAGAGAGACACGGAGUGGGGAAGGCUGUCCUGCCCAACGGGGACGUUUAUCAGGGACAGUACGAGCACGGUGCGAGGCACGGACAGGGGACAUAUCGCUUCAAGAAUGGGGCGAGAUACGUGGGAGACUAUCACAAGAACAUGAAACAUGGACAGGGCACCUUCUACUAUCCAGAUGGCUCUAAAUAUGAAGGGUCAUGGGUGGAGGACCAGAGACAGGGCCACGGGGUCUACACCUACCCCAACGGAGACACGUACGCUGGAGAGUGGAUGCAUCACGUCAGCCACGGCCAGGGCGUUUACCACCACCAGCAGACGGGCGCCCAGUACCGGGGCACCUGGGUGAAUGGCAAGAUGGAGGCAGCUGGAGAGUACAUCUACUCCAACUGCAGAUACAAGGGCAACUUUGUCAACAAUAAGCCGUGCGGCCCGGGGAAGUACGUGUUCGACAUCGGCUGUGAGCAGCAUGGGGAAUACCGGCAGGUGGAGCAGGCAGAGCAGGAGCGAGUUGAGGAAAAGGGGGGCGAGUUGGCCUCCACCACUGUCCUUAAGUGGAUUCCCAAGUGUGUCACCGGCCCGAUGCUGUCGACUCCAAGCAAAGACACUUCAGGUGAGGAAAAGGAAGCGGCUGUAGCAGAGAACUCAGCCAUGUGAUCAAGCCACAAUCCUGCGUCUCUCAACCUGUUCAUGAAUCA